CUCUGUCCCUUCAGAUGUGGGACAGAUGGCUAUUGACUGGCUGACCGGGAACUUCUACUUCGAGGACAACAUGGACGAUCGUAUCUUUGUGUGCAACGCGGACGGCCAGACGUGUGUCACCCUGCUGGAUCAGGAGCUCUACAACCCUAAAGGCAUCGCCCUGGACCCCCUGAUGGGCAAGGUGUUCUUCACAGACUACGGUCAGACUCCCAAGGUGGAGCGUUGUGACAUGGACGGUCAGAACCGGACCAAGCUGGUGGAAAGUAAGAUCGUGUUCCCCCACGGUAUCACCCUGGACCUGGUCAACCGGCUGGUCUACUGGGCCGAUGCCUACCUGGACUACAUAGAGGUGGUGGACUACGAGGGCCAGAACAGACACACCAUCAUACAGGGCCUGCUGAUUGAGCAUCUGUACGGGCUGACGGUGUUUGAGAACUACCUGUACGCCACCAACUCCAACGAGGGCAACCUGAACCACGCUAAGACCAGCGUGAUCCGGGUCAACCGCUUCAACUCCUCUGACUUCACGGUGGUGACCCGAGUGGACCGCGGCGCCGCCCUGCACGUGUACCAUCAGAGACGUCAACCCCCAGUGAGAGAGAAGAGUCAUGCGUGUGCCCCGGACCAGUUUAAGAAGCCAGGAGGCUGCUCCGACAUCUGUCUGCUGGGGAACAGCCACAAGACCCGGACCUGCCGCUGUCGCUCUGGAUUCAGCCUGGGCAGCGACGGGAAGUCCUGCAAGAAACCUGAACACGAGUUGUUCCUUGUGUACGGUAAGGGUCGCCCUGGCAUCAUCCGUGGCAUGGACAUGAAUGCCAAGGUCCCCGACGAGUUCAUGAUCCCCAUUGAGAACCUGAUGAACCCCCGGGCGCUGGACUUCCACGCCGAGAGCGAGUUCAUCUACUUCGCUGACGCCGUGAGUUACAUCAUCGGGCGGCAGAAGAUUGACGGCACGGAGAGAGACACCAUCCUGAAGGACGGCGUCCACACCGUGGAGGGGAUAGCGGUAGACUGGAUGGCAGGUAARCUGUACUGGACAGACGACGGGCCCGUGAAGACCAUCAGUGUGGCCAGGCUGGAGAAGGCCUCUCAGACACGCAAGACCCUCAUCGAGGGCAAGAUGACCCACCCCCGCGCCAUCGUAGUGGACCCCCAGCACGGGUGGAUGUACUGGACAGACUGGGAGGAGGACCCCAAGAAGAGUAACCGAGGGAAGAUCAAGAAGGCGUGGAUGGACGGCUCUCACGACCAGGUCCUGCUGACCAGUAAGACCGUGCUGUGGCCCAACGGCCUGAGUCUGGACAUCCCGCAGGGCAUCCUGUACUGGGUGGACGCAUACUACGACCGCAUCGAGAUGGUUUACCUCAACACCACCGAGCGCAAGAUGGUGUACGAGGGAAACGAGCUGAACCACGCCUUCGGCCUGUGUCACUACAAGCAGUACCUGUUCUGGAACGAGUACCGCGGCGGCAGCAUCUUCAAACUAGAUACCUCCACCAGCACUGUCACGCUGCUCCGCAACGAACGCCCACCCCUCUUCGAGAUCCGUGUGUACGACGCUCACCAGCAGCAAGGGACCAACCUGUGUCGCGUGAAAAACGGCGGCUGCAGCAGUCUGUGUCUYGCUAUCCCUGACGGCAGGUCCUGUGGCUGUGCUGACGACCAGAUACUGGGUGACGACAAUGUCACCUGUAAAGCCAACCCCUCCUACAUCCCUCCUCCUCAYUGUCAGCUCGGGGAGUUUGCCUGUAAGAACAACCGCUGUAUCCAGGAGCGAUGGAAGUGUGACGGGGACAACGACUGUCUGGACAACAGCGACGAGGCGCCCGAGCUCUGCCACCAGCACACGUGUCCAUCGGACCGGUUCAAGUGUCAGAACAACCGCUGUAUCCCGCUGCGUUGGCUCUGUGACGGGGACAACGACUGUGGCACCGAUGAGGAUGAGUCUAAUACUACCUGCUCAGCUCGUACGUGCCCGCCCAACCAGUAUGCGUGUGCCAGUGGGCGCUGCAUCCCCACUUCCUGGACAUGUGACCUGGAUGAUGACUGUGGGGACCGUUCUGAUGAGCCGGCCUCCUGUGCCUACCCCACCUGCUUCCCCCUCACCCAGUUCACCUGUGCCAACGGCCGCUGCAUCAACGUCAACUGGCGCUGUGACAACGACAACGACUGCGGGGACAACAGCGACGAGGCAGGCUGCAGCCACUCCUGCUCUAGUGUUCAGUUCAAGUGUAACAGCGGCCGCUGCAUCCCUGAGUACUGGACCUGUGACGGGGACAACGACUGUGGAGACUACAGCGACGAGACCCACGCCAACUGUACCAACCAGGCCACCCGUCCUCCCGGUGGUUGCCACGUGGAUGAGUUCCAGUGUCGCAUGGACGGCCUGUGCAUCCCCAUGCGCUGGCGCUGCGACGGGGACACCGACUGCAUGGACCUGAGUGACGAGAGCGACUGUGAGGGAGUGACGCACAUGUGUGACCCAGCCGUCAAGUUCAGCUGCAGGAACUCUGCUCGUUGUAUCAGCAAGGCCUGGGUGUGUGACGGGGACAGUGACUGUGAGGACAACUCGGACGAGGACAACUGCGAGGCGUUGGUGUGUAAGCUGUCUCACCACGUCUGUGUCACCAACGACUCGAUCUGUCUGCCCACRGAGAAGCUGUGUGACGGCACUGACGACUGCCCCGACGGCUCUGACGAGAAACURUGUGACCUGUGCUCCAUAGACAACGGAGGCUGCAGCCACAACUGCUCCAUCAUCCCUGGGGAGGGCUUCAUGUGUUCCUGCCCCCUGGGCAUGGAGCUGGGCGCCGACAACAAGACCUGCCACAUCAUGAACCUCUGCGCCAAGCACCUCAAGUGCAGCCAGAAGUGUGAGCAGGAGAAGAGCAGCGUCAAGUGUUCCUGCUACGAGGGCUGGGAGCUGGAGACAGAUAUGGAGAGCUGCAAGAGCACUGACCCCUUCAAGCCGUUCAUCAUCUUCUCCAACCGRCAUGAGAUCCGUCGUAUUGACCUCCACAAGGGAGAGUUCAGCGUGRUGGUGCCUAACCUGAGGAACACCAUCGCUCUGGACUUCCACCUCAGCCAGAACACCCUCUACUGGACCGACGUGGUGGAGGACAAGAUCUACCGUGGGAAACUGUCCGAGAACGGAGCUCUGACCACUUUCGAGGUAGUGAUCCAGUAUGGGCUGGCCACUCCAGAGGGUCUGGCCGUGGACUGGAUAGCAGGGAACAUCUACUGGGUGGAGAGUAACCUGGACCAGAUCGAGGUGGCCAAYCUGGACGGAACCAUGAGGACCACGCUACUGGCUGGAGAGGUGGAGCACCCCCGGGCCAUCGCCCUGGACCCCCGAGACGGUAUUCUGUUCUGGACGGACUGGGAUGCCAGUCUGCCCAGGAUAGAGGCAGCAUCUAUGAGCGGUGAGGGCAGGAGGACUAUCCACAGAGAGACUGGCAGCGGUGGCUGGCCAAACGGACUGACUGUAGACUACAUGGAGAGACGCAUUGUAUGGAUCGACGCCAGGUCUGAUGCCAUCUACUCUGCUCUGUAUGACGGCUCUGGUCUGAUCGAGGUGCUGAGGGGUCAUGAGUACCUGUCUCAUCCUUUUGCUGUCACUAUGUACGGAGGAGAGGUGUACUGGACGGACUGGAGGACCAACACUCUGGCCAAGGCCAACAAGUGGACCGGCAACAACGUAACCGUGGUCCAACGCACCAACACACAACCCUUCGACCUGCAGGUGUACCAUCCCUCCAGACAGCCCCAAGCUCCUAACCCUUGUGCCACCUCUGAUGAGCAGAGCCAGUGUUCUCACCUGUGUCUGAUCAGCUACAACCAGACAUUCUCCUGUGCCUGUCCUCACCUUAUGAAGCUGCAGGCUGACAAACGCACCUGCAAAGAGUCUCGCCAGUUCCUGCUGUAUGCCCGUCAGAUAGAGAUCAGGGGAGUGGACAUAGACAACCCCUACUAUAACUACAUCAUCUCCUUCACCGUGCCAGACAUAGACAACGUGACCGUGGUGGACUAUGACGCCGUGGAGCACCGGAUCUACUGGUCAGACGUCCGAACCCAGACCAUCAAGAGAGCCUUCAUCAACGGCACCGGAGUGGAGACCGUGGUGUCUGCUGACCUGCCCAACGCCCAUGGUCUGGCAGUAGACUGGGUGUCUAGGAACCUGUUCUGGACCAGCUAUGAUGCCAAUAAGAAGCAGAUCAACGUGGCCAGACUGGACGGAUCCUUUAAGAACGCUAUUAUCCAGGGCCUUGACAAACCCCACUGUCUGGUCCUGCACCCUAUACUGGGAAAGAUGUACUGGACUGAUGGGGACAACAUCAGUAUGGCCAACAUGGAUGGCAGCAACCGUACCAUGCUCUUCACCAAUCAAAAGGGCCCUGUGGGCCUGUCUAUAGACUACGACAGUGAGCAGCUGUACUGGGUCAGCUCAGGGAACGGCACCAUCAGCCGCUGUCAGAUGGACGGCUCAGGCCUGGAGGUCCUGGACGGGGUCAAACCAGGCAGGCUGACCAAGGCGUCCGCUCUGGCUAUCAUGGGUGACAAGCUGUGGUGGGCAGACCAGGGGACAGACCAGAUAGGGACGUGUGAUAAAAGUGAUGGCGGGAACUGGAAGGUGCUACGUAACAACACCUCUCCUAUGAUGCACAUGAGAAUAUACAACGAGAGCCUGCAGAUAGGUACAGGCAUCAACCUGUGCAGUAAUAACAAUGGAGACUGUUCCCAGCUGUGCCUGCCCACCUCCUCUACCACCAGAACCUGUAUGUGUACUGCAGGCUACAGCCUUAAGAGUGGACAGCAGUCCUGCGAGGGUAUGGGRUCCUUCCUGCUCUACUCAGUACAUGAGGGAAUUAGAGGAAUCCCCCUGGACCCGUCUGAUAAAUCUGAUGCCCUGGUGCCCGUGUCUGGCACCUCGCUAGCUGUGGGCAUCGACUUCCACGCCGAAAAUGACACUAUCUACUGGGUGGACAUGGGACUGAGCACCAUCAGCCGAGCUAAGAGAGACCAGACGUGGCGAGAAGACGUGGUGACCAACGGCAUCGGCAGGGUGGAGGGCAUCACUGUGGACUGGAUCGCAGGUAACAUCUACUGGACAGACCAGGGCUUUGACGUCAUCGAGGUGGCCAGACUCAAUGGAUCCUUCUGCUARGUGGUCAUCUCCCAGGGCRUGGACAAGCCCCGCGCCAUCACCGUGCACCCAGAGAGAGGGUAUCUGUUCUGGACAGAGUGGGGCCAGGUCCCCCGUAUAGAGAGGGCCCGUCUGGAUGGCUCUCAGAGAUUAGUCCUGGUCAACUCCAGCAUCAUGUGGCCCAACGGAAUCUCCAUCGACUACAAGGAGGGGCUGRUGUACUGGUGUGACGCACGGACAGACCGGAUCGAGCGCAUCAACCUGGAGACGGGAGAGAACAGAGAGGUGGUGCUGGUUAACAACAACAUGGACAUGUUUGCUGUGUCCGUCUUCGAGGGCUACAUUUACUGGAGUGACAGGACUCACGCCAACGGUUCCAUCAAGAGAGGCAACAAAGACAACGCUACAGAAUAUGUGUAUCUGAGGACAGGCAUCGGUGUACAACUGAAGGACAUCAAGGUCUUCAACAGGGACCGGCAACAAGGCACCAACGUCUGUAAAGACAACAACGGCGGCUGCGAACAGCUCUGCCUUUACCGRGGCAACGGGGAGCGAACGUGCGCCUGCGCACACGGCAUGCUGGCCGAGGACYGCCGCGGUUGCCGCGACUACGACAGCUACCUGCUUUACUCGGAGCGGACCAUUCUGAAGAGCAUCCACCUAUCAGACGAGACCAACCUGAACGCCCCCAUCAAGCCCUUCGAGGACCCGGAACACAUGAAGAACGUCAUCGCRCUGACCUUUGACUACCGCGGAGGAGGGGGGAGGGGAGCCAAUCGGAUCUUCUUCAGUGACAUACACUUUGGAAACAUCCAGCAGAUCAACGAUGACGGAUCAGACCUCAAGACGGUGGUGGAGAAUGUAGGCUCAGUGGAGGGCUUGGCGUACCACCGUGGCUGGGACACCCUCUAUUGGACCAGCUACACCACCUCCACCAUCACCCGACACACGGUCGACCAGAGCCGACCGCAGGCCUACGACCGCAACACCGUGGUCACCAUGUCUGGAGACGACCACCCCAGGGCKUUUGUACUGGAUGAGUGUCAAAAUCUGAUGUUCUGGACCAACUGGAACGAGCAGUCCCCCAGUAUKAUGCGUGCCAGUCUGUCUGGUGCCAACGUGCUGGUGAUCAUCGGUAAUGACAUCCGCACCCCCAACGGCCUGGCCAUAGACCACCGCGCCGAGAAACUCUACUUCUCAGACGCCACGCUGGACAAGAUCGAGCGCUGCGAGUACGACGGCAGCAACCGAUACGUGGUUGUGAAGAAUGAGCCAGUGCAUCCGUUUGGCCUGGCGGUGUAUGGAAACUACAUCUUCUGGACUGAUUGGGUCCGCAGGGCCGUGCUCAGGGCCGACAAGUUUGUGGGUAGAGACAUGAGGUUGCUGAGAAAUGACAUCCCCCAGCAGCCAAUGGGAAUCAUCGCUGUGGCCAACGACACCAACAGCUGUGAGUUCUCUCCCUGUCUGAUCAACAACGGGGGCUGUCAGGACCUGUGUCUGCUCACCUCAGACGCGAGGGUCAACUGUAGUUGCCGUGGAGACCGCAGACUCCUGGAGGACAACUCCUGUUCGGCUCUGAACACGUCGUGUGGCAGUGUGGACGACUUUGAGUGUGGCAACGGGGACUGCAUCAACUACAGCCUGACCUGUGACGGCAUGGCCCACUGCAAGGACAAGUCAGACGAGAAACCGUCUUACUGCGCGAACCGGCUGUGUAAGAAAGGCUACAGGCGCUGUAUCAACGGCCGCUGCAUCGGCCACAUGUUCUGGUGUGACGGGACUGACGACUGUGGAGAUCACUCCGACGAGCUGCCCUGCAACAUGACCCUGUGCAAAGCCGGAGAGUUCCAGUGUCGAGAUGGGAGCUGCAUCUCCAACACCAGCCGCUGUGACCAGGUGGUCAACUGUGAGGACGCCAGUGACGAGAUGAACUGCUUGCCAACUGACUGUUCCCGCUACUUCCGUCUGGGGGUGAAGGGGGCGACCUUUCAGAGCUGUGAGAGGACCACGCUGUGCUACCUGCCUUCCUGGCAGUGRGACGGCAACAACGACUGUGGAGACUUCUCGGAUGAGAGAAACUGCCCAGACAAGAAGAAGCUGAAGUGCCCGGUGAACUUCUUUGCGUGCCCCAGUGGUCGCUGUAUCCCUAUGAGCUGGACCUGUGACAAGGAGAACGACUGCGAGAACGGCGCUGACGAGACCCACUGUGAUAAGUUCUGUACGUCCACCGAGUUUGAGUGUGGGAACCAUCGCUGUAUCUCCAACCACUGGGUGUGUGACGGCGCUGACGACUGCGGCGACAAUAGUGACGAGGACAGCAGAUGCAAAACCAAGACGUGCAGCCCAGAGGCGUUCCAGUGUCCCGGCACCCAUGUGUGUGUCCCUCAACGCUGGAAGUGUGACGGGGAUAAGGACUGUCUGGACGGGGCUGACGAGAGUGUCAAGGCUGGCUGCUUGUACAACAACACCUGUGACGAGAAUGAGUUCAUGUGUCAGGACAGACAGUGUAUCCCCAAGCACUUUGUGUGUGACCACGACAUCGACUGCUCUGACGGAUCCGACGAGUCCCCACAGUGUGAGUAUCCUACAUGUGGGCCGGAGGAGUUCCGCUGUAACAACGGCCGCUGCCUCAACCAGAAGAGCUGGGAGUGUGAUGGAGAUUUUGACUGUCAGGACCGCUCUGAUGAAGCUCCCAAGAACCCCCGGUGCACAGACUCAGAGAGGAAGUGUAAUGACUCUGCCUACAUGUGUCGUAACGGGAAGUGUCUUAACGAGACGUUGCUGUGUGACCGUAACGACGACUGUGGUGACGGCUCUGACGAACUCAACUGCUUCAUCAACGAGUGUCUCAACAGCAAGCAGAGUGGCUGCUCUCAGCUCUGUGAGGACCUCAAGAUAGGCUUCAAGUGCAGGUGUCACCCUGGUUUCCAGCUGAAGCGGGAUGGGAAGACGUGUGUGGACAUAGAUGAGUGUACCACGUCCUACCCCUGUACCCAGCGCUGUAUCAACACUCACGGAUCCUUCCACUGUCUCUGUGUGGAGGGCUUCCAGCUACGACCGGACAAUCCUACUAUCUGCAAGUCCACCUCUGAUGAGGAGCCCUUCCUGAUCUUUGCCAACCGGUACUACCUGAGGAAACUGGACCUGAAUGGCACCAACUACACUCUGAUUAAACAGGGCCUGAACAACGCGGUGGCUCUGGAUUUCCACUAUGCAGAGCAGAUGCUCUACUGGACCGACGUGACCACUCAGGGCUCCAUGAUACGACGCAUGAACAUCAACGGCAGCAACAUCGAGGUGCUGCACCGGACCUCCCUCAGUAACCCAGACGGAUUGGCUGUAGACUGGGUCGGAGGAAACCUGUACUGGUGUGAUAAGGGGCGGGACACCAUCGAGGUGUCCAAGCUAGGAGGAGCCUUCCGGUCGGUCCUGGUGAACACCGGCCUGAGGGAACCACGCGCUGUGGCUUUGGAUGUACGCAACGGGUACCUGUACUGGUCAGACUGGGGUGACAACCCCCACAUAGGGCGGAUUGGGAUGGACAGCUCCAACCGAAGUGUGAUCGUCGAGGACAAGAUCACCUGGCCCAAUGGUCUUACGUUAGACUUCAUCAACGACCGCAUCUACUGGGCCGAUGCCAGAGAGGACUACAUUGAGUUUGCCAGCCUGGAUGGGACCAACAGACACACGGUGCUUACCCAGGACAUCCCCCACAUCUUCGCCAUGACCCUGUUUGAGGAGUACAUCUACUGGACCGACUGGGAGACCAAGUCCAUCAACAGGUGUCACAAGACCCUGGGUAUCAACAAGACCACCCUGAUCACUACCCUCCACCGGCCCAUGGACAUCCACAUCUACCACCCUUACCGCCAGCCUGAGGUGUUUAACCACCCGUGCCAGACAGACAACGGUGGCUGUAGUAACCUGUGUCUGCUGAGCCCUGGCGGGGGCUACAAGUGUGCCUGUCCCACCAACUUCUACCUGGCCAACGAUGGACGCACCUGCAUGUCCAACUGCACUGCCAGCCAGUUUGUGUGUAAGAACGACAAGUGCAUCCCCUUCUGGUGGAAGUGUGACACGGAGGACGACUGUGGGGAUCGCUCGGACGAGCCUGCAGAAUGUCCUGAGUUCAAGUGCAGGCCAGGCCAGUUUCAGUGUGGGACAGGCAUCUGCACCAACCCAGCCUACAUCUGUGACGGGGACAACGACUGCCAGGACAAUUCGGACGAGGCCAACUGCGACAUCCACGUGUGUCUGCCCAGUCAGUUCAAGUGCUCCCACCCUAGCCGCUGUAUCCCGGGAAUCUUCCGCUGUAACGGACAGGACAACUGUGGCGAAGGAGAGGACGAGAAGGACUGCCCCGAGGUCACGUGUGCGCCCACCCAGUUCCAAUGUGCCAUCACCAAGCGCUGUAUCCCUCGCGUCUGGGUGUGUGACCGUGACAAUGACUGUGUGGAUGGGUCGGACGAACCAGCCAACUGCACCCAGAUGACAUGUGGCGUGGAUGAGUUUCGCUGUAAGGACUCUGGACGCUGCAUCCCGGCCCGGUGGAAGUGUGACGGAGAAAAUGACUGUGGAGACUCAUCUGACGAACCCAAAGAGGAAUGUGAUGAGAGGACGUGUGAGCCGUACCAGUUCAGGUGUAAGAACAACCGCUGUGUCCCGGGCCGCUGGCAGUGUGACUACGACAACGACUGUGGGGACAACUCGGACGAGGACAAGUGCGUGCCGCGGCCGUGRUCCGAGAGUGAGUUUGCCUGUACCAACGGACGCUGUAUCGCCGGGAGGUGGAAGUGUGAUGGAGACCAUGACUGUGCUGACGGAUCUGAUGAGGACGGCUGUGAGCUGAGGUGUGACAGUGACCAGUUCCAGUGUAAGAACGGACACUGCAUCCCCAACCGCUGGCGCUGCGACGCAGACGCUGACUGUUUGGACGGCAGCGAUGAGGAGAAGUGUCACAUUGCUCCUAAACACUGCCCCCUGGAUGACUUCCAGUGUAACAACACGCUGUGUAAGCCCCUGGCCUGGAAGUGUGACGGAGAGGACGACUGUGGAGACAACUCGGARGAGAAUCCUGACGAGUGCAGGAGGUUCCAGUGCCCCCCCACCAGGACUUUCCGCUGCCAGAACGACCGUGUGUGUCUGCAGGUGUCCAAACAGUGUGACGGAGUUGACAAUUGCGGGGACAACUCUGAUGAGCUCAACUGCCAGCCCCCUCCAGCCGAGCCGACCUGUGAGAAGGACGAGUUCCUGUGUGCCAACGGGAGGUGCAUCAGCUCCAGCCUGCGCUGUAACUUCUUCAACGACUGUGAGGACUACGGUUCAGACGAGAUCCACUGCAAGACAGACACCAAYCUGAACGACUGCAGGAGUAACAGGACUCUGUGUGGGGACGGGGACGAGGCACACUGCGUCACCAACGGGACAGACUCCUUCUGCUCCUGCAAACCAGGCUUCAAGAAGACUGGCCACAACACCUGUGGAGAUAAGAACGAGUGUAAGCAGUUUGGGGUGUGCUCACAUGUGUGCAACAACAGCAAGGGAUCCUACAAGUGCAGCUGCCACAAAUACUUCACCAGGAUCAACGACACCUGCAAGGCUGACAGAACAGUACGCAGACAAGUGCUCUACAUCGCCGACCGACACGAGAUCCGCAGCCUGGACCCUGGCAUGCCCAACUGGCGCUACGAGCAGACCUUCCAGGGCGACGCCAACGUGCGCAUCGACGCCAUGGACCUGCACGUCAAGACCAACCGCAUCUACUGGACCAACUGGCACACGGGCAGGAUCUCCUCCUACGAGCUGCCUUCGUCGUCGUCCUCCUCCUCGUCUGGUCCAUCGUCCAAUACACACCGCAACCGUCGCCAGAGUGAGGGAAGUGUUACCACCCUGGAGAUUGUAGGGCAUCUGGAAAUGCCUCGGGGUAUAGCGGUGGACUGGGUGGCUGGUAACCUGUACUGGACUGACUCUGGCAGGGAUGUGAUCGAGGUGGCCCUGAUAUCAGGCCAACACCGCAAGACCCUGAUCUCAGGCAUGAUAGACGAGCCUUACGCCAUCGUAGUGGACCCGCAGAGAGGAACCAUGUACUGGGCCGACUGGGGAAACCACCCUAAGAUUGAGACGGCAGCCAUGGACGGAACCUUGAGACAGACCCUGGUCCAUGAGAACAUCCAGUGGCCCACAGGUCUGGCGGUGGACUACUUCAACGAGCGUCUCUACUGGGCGGACGCUAAGCUCUCGGUCAUCGGCAGCGUGCAUCUCAACGGCUCCGACCCCGUCAUUGCCGUCACCGGACUCAAAAACAACCUGCUCCAUCCGUUCAGCAUUGACAUCUUUGAGGACUACAUAUAUGGCGUCACCUACAUUAAUAACUUUGUGUUCCGGGUCAACAAGUUUGGCAAGGGCCCCAUGGAGAACCUGACCACUGGCAUUAACCACGCCACAGACAUAGUCCUUUACCACCGUUACAAACAACCAGAGAUGGCCAACCCAUGUGACAGGAAGAAGUGUGAGUGGUUGUGUCUGCUCAGCCCCAGUGGUCCAGUCUGCACCUGUCCUAACGACCGCGUGGCUGAAAAUGGCACAUGUGUGGAGAGACCCCCUCCCACACUGUCUCCGUUCUCUCCGCCGUCUGGGCCGUGUACGGUCCUGUGUCUGAACGGCGGGAGCUGUUUCCUGAACGCCAGGCAGCAGGCCAAGUGUCAUUGCCAGUCCAGCUUCACGGGAGAGAGGUGUGAGGUCAACCAGUGUAGAGACUACUGUAGGAAUGGAGGGUCCUGCACUGCCUCCGUCGCAGGGGCCCCUACAUGUCGCUGUCUGAAGGGCUUCACGGGGCCCCAGUGUAACCUGCACACCUGUCAGGACUACUGUCACAAUGGAGGCAACUGCACCGUAUCCCAGGGCAACCAGCCCACCUGCCGCUGUCCGCCUGAGUACCUGGCAGACCAGUGUCAAUACAGUAAAUGUGAGGAUUACUGUAAGAAUGGGAGGGCAGUGUCUGCAGACGGACCCAAUGCUGUCCUAACGGUCAAACCAAUCACACUGCUACACCUGUCUAGAUUUCUGCACCAAGGGACUCUGCUCUAUCGAACCACGCCACACUACUGCCCAGUGCAAGAGUCUCUCUGUAACCUGUGUGACGUGUAUUUAUUUAGGUGUCCUAUAGAAUGGAGUGGGUAUCGAUGUGAAGUCAUUGCCUCGCCUGUGGAUUCUCCCUGUCUCCAGUGGAAGUUCUGCUCCAUAGUCAUCCCAGUGCUGCUGCUGUUGUUACUGGCGCUGCUGGUCGUCGGGGCCAUCUUGUGGUACAAGAGGAGAAUGCGUGGGGCCAAGGGCUUCCAGCAUCACAGGAUGACCAACGGGGCCAUGAACGUGGAGAUAGGGAACCCAGCCUACAAGAUCUACGAAGGGGAGCCAGACGACGAUGCUGGGGAACUCCUGGAUUCGGACUUUGCUUUAGAUCCAGACAAGCCCACCAACUUCACCAACCCAGUGUACGCCACCUUGUACAUGGGAGCCCACAACAGCCGCAGCUCUUUGGCUAGUACAGACGAGAAGAAAGAGUUGCUGUCACAGGGGGACGAUGGGGAGGAUGAGGACAUGAGUGACCCGCUGGCCUAGAGGUCAGGGGUCAGAGGUCAGGCAUGACCGAGCCAAGUCUAGACCACGCCCGCAAAGAGACAAACGCUGAUCUUAUGCCUUUUUACCAAUCGAGAAAAGAAAAGGAACAAAAACAGAACACUGUAUAAAAUGAAGGAGUACUUUUGUAUGUGAUUGCAGUAUUAUAUUUUGUUCUUUUGACAAAAACAAAAAGAAAAUUCCUCUGGUCAGAAAAAGGAAGAACCAUUUUAUAGACAGAUGUAUUCAUUCAACUCUCUCGUUUGAAAAUGUUGCUCACCUCCAUCCUCCCUCGCUACUCUCCCUCCACUCUUCAUCCAUAUAGCCACUACCUCUGUGCAUAGGUGUAGAGCAAAACYAACAGCGGUGGAACAAUUUUAAGUUUUUAUUUUUGUAUGAAUUGUAUAGGGGGAAAAACAUUGUUCCAUUUCAGAGAAGUGCUUGUUGUUUGUGAAAGAUGUAGAGAAAAGAGGAGGGUCAAGUUCAAUACUCAGUCAGUUCCGAAUGCUGGUUUGGUCUAUGCUGGAGGUGCAGAGUGAGACCAUGGCUGAUGGAACGAAAAGAGUUCUGGAACUGUAGUACUGGAACCAGAACCAGAACUGCACAUGUCCACAUGGCAGAGUCAGUCAGCGUCACGCAUACUAAUGUCCGUUCAGUUGAGUGAUUGUCUUUUACCUCCUUGCACAGACUAAAACUGAAAUAUAUUUACACACGCAUAUAUAUAUAUAUAACCCUAUUAACAAAGUGUCUUGACAAUAUACCCAGGAAUACAAAACAUCAAAUAACAUAUAGCAGUCUGUCUGUACUAUGUUUUACCACCUUUUCUGUUUUGGUCUUGAAUAAAUGAACGGCWGAUUUUUUUGCUUAAUGAAUGAAAGUCAGUGGGUUAAUGGAGUGUGUAAUUUGUUGGAGAUAUAUGAUUGUAUUGAAGCAGACGUUCCAGGAUGACAAUUCCGGGGGAAGUAACUGASGAUGUCUUUGGGUUACGAGAGGACAUGUUUUGGGUGUAACACCGAAUGUGGUUUUGGGGGGGCCUUGAUGUGACCGGUGAUACAUAUUGGGGCCCASAGGGUUCAUGGACCAGCGUUCAUCCUGGAAAUAGGCAGUUUGGCACCAAGAAUGCCUCUGUGAAAACCUGCCAUUGCUGAAACUAACCAUCUACAGUACAACAAGCUGAACAUGCUUUUGUCGGUGAUAGUAAACAUACUUUCAGGAGAGGCCAGUUGUUUUUAUGGUACUUGUGGGAAUUUAUAACAACAAUGCUGUGUUUUGUUUCGAAUGUAUGUAAUAAUUACAUUAUGCCGAUGUAAUUUCGGUUUCUGCUCAUUGUAAGCGCAUUCCUCGGGAGGUUCGGACUAUUAGCCUCCUGAUUAGCGUCCCCUGUUGAUUCSCCCCUCUGCCUUGCUGCUAACGCUAGCUAGCCGUCUGUCUGUCGGCUCGUCCGUCUAACCAUCUGUCAGCCAGCCCUGUCUGUCUGCCUGCCUGUCUUGUAUGUCUGAUAGAACUGUCAUUGGUCCAGGCUCAGUCUCAGCCAAUCACGRGCUGCUGAACAUGCUGCUUCUAACCAGUUGGAGGUGAUCAGCCAUAACUGCCAUUCUAUAUUACAGAUUACACUGCAUGCAAUUCACAACACACACACGCAUAUACAAACCCUAUAGCAAACUGUUCUAGCUUAACCAUCACUUUUAUUAACAGUAUGCACUAUCAUUUGGAUUUUAAUAACAUUUCUGCUCUGUUACAUUUUUAUUUGAAUAAUGUAAAUUA